AUUUUUAUACAGGCUAUCUAAUCUCCACCUCACAACCCCCGCCCCACGCAGUAGGUGCUGUUAUACCCAUUCUAAAAAUGAGAAAGUUGAGGCACAUCUGCUCCCUGUCUCUUGGCCGCUGAAGUGUGAAAAAGUUCUAAUUCAGUACAGACUUCCUAUGAUUUCGGCAUAGGAAGUGCAUUCAUUUCUAAGAGUGAAUAAAGGUGACCUGAUUUGCUAAAUUCUUUCCUGUCAGAGAUAGUGCCUGCCUUGGUGGCCAAAGCCUUUUAAAAUAAAUGCUGCAAUGUUAUAUUUGCCAGGAUGAGGUGUUCAGAGAUAAUGCCUCUCAAAAAAAAAAAAAUGGGGAAGUCCUAUGAUCAAGAAAUUUGAGAACUUUGAGGUUAAACUAAAGGACACAAGAUUCUUGAUUGCCGACCUUCUCAGAGACUCGAAUAUAGCACGUGCAUUGUGAGUCACCAAGGCUUUGGUGAGAAAUCCGGAAGAAAGAAUGUGUGAAAGAAAAAGAUGACAACUAUGCAUGGCAAACAAAAUCCAAAGAUUAUUACAGUGAAAGCAAGAGGAAGUCAGAAGAAUACCUACUAGUAAAGGCUUUGGUGAGAAAUCCGGAAGAAAGAAUGUGUGAAAGAAAAAGAUGACAACUAUGCAUGGCAAACAAAAUCCAAAGAUUAUUACAGUGAAAGCAAGAGGAAGUCAGAAGAAUACCUACUAGUAAAGAUGACAGAGGGCAGGCACUGCCAGGUGCACCUCCUGGAUGAUAGGAGGCUGGAGCUGCUGGUUCAGCCCAAACUUUUAUCAAGAGAAUUGCUGGACCUUGUGGCUUCACAUUUCAACCUGAAAGAAAAGGAGUACUUUGGAAUAACAUUUACGGACGACACAGGUCAGCAGAACUGGCUACAGUUAGAUCACCGAGUUCUUGACCAUGAUCUGCCCAAGAAACCAGGCGCAACCAUUUUGCACUUCGCUGUGAGGUUUUACAUUGAGAGCAUAUCAUUUUUGAAGGAUAAAACCACCGUGGAGCUUUUUUUCCUGAAUGCAAAGUCCUGUGUACUCAAGGGGCAAAUCGAAGCGGACAGCGAAACCAUCUUCAAGUUAGCCGCACUUGUGUUACAGGAAGCCAAAGGGGAUUAUACCAGUGAUGAAAAUGCCAGGAAAGACUUAAAGACAUUACCAGCCUUUCCAACCAAAACCCUUCAGGAACAUCCAUCCCUGGCUUACUGUGAGGACAGGGUGAUUGAGCAUUAUUUGAAAAUCAAAGGUCUGACCCGGGGUCAAGCUGUGGUUCAGUAUAUGAAAAUAGUAGAAGCUCUACCAACCUAUGGAGUCCAUUAUUACGCAGUAAAGGAUAAACAAGGACUUCCUUGGUGGCUUGGAAUCAGCUACAAAGGAAUCGGCCAGUAUGAUCUGCAAGAUAAAGUGAAACCUCGGAAACUAUUCCAAUGGAAACAGCUUGAGAACUUGUAUUUCCGUGAGAAAAAAUUUGCCGUUGAAGUUCACGAUCCACGGAGGAUUUCUGUGUCAAGAAGAACCUUUGGGCAAAGUGGCCUCUUUGUGCAAACGUGGUAUGCAAACCCUUCUCUCAUCAAGUCCAUCUGGGUAAUGGCAAUUAGUCAGCAUCAGUUUUAUUUGGACCGGAAGCAGAGCAAAGCAAAAAUUCCUUCAGCCAGGAGUUUGGAUGAUAUCGCGAUGGAUUUGACAGACACAGGAACACCAAGGGUCUCCAAAAUGGUGACACUGGAAGCAAAAAGUCAGUUCAUCAUGGCGAGCAAUGGCAGCUUAAUAUCUUCAGGUUCUCAAGACUCAGAAGUUAGUGAGGAGCAGAAGAGGGAGAAAAUCCUCGAGCUCAGGAAGAAGGAGAAGCUCUUGCAAGAAAAACUCCUGAAGAAAGUCGAGGAGCUUAAGAAGAUCUGUUUGCGGGAGGCUGAGCUCACGGGCAAAAUGCCAAAGGAAUAUCCGCUGAACGUCGGUGAGAAACCGCCUCAGGUCAGAAGGCGUGUGGGUGCCGCGUUCAAACUGGAUGACAACCUGCUGCCCAGCGAGGAGGACCCUGCUCUACAAGAACUGGAGAGCAAUUUCCUAAUACAGCAAAAGCUGGUUGAAGCUGCGAAGAAACUUGCCAACGAGCCAGACCUUUGUAAAACCGUGAAGAAAAAACGAAAGCAGGAUUACACGGAUGCUGUGAAAAAGCUUCAGGACAUUGAAAACGCGAUAAAUGAAUACCGGAUCAGAUGUGGAAAGAAACCCAGCCAGAAAGCAACAGUGAUUUUACCAGAAGACAUAAUCCCAUCAGAGAGCAGCUCCUUGUCUGACACUACCACCUAUGAUGAUUCUGAUGCCUUCACUCUUGCUGGGCAGCGACCAAGUUCAGUACCUCAUUCUCCAAGAAUUCUUCCCCCCAAGUCUCUCGGUAUCGAGCGAAUCCAUUUCAGAAAGUCGUCUGUCAAUGAACAGUUUGUGGAUACCAGGCAGUCCAGGGAAAUGCUGUCGACACACAGCAGCCCUUACAGAACCCUGGAGAGGCGGCCCCAGGGAGGACGCAGCAUGCCCACCACACCGGUUCUCACCCGCAACGCCUACAGCAGCAGCCACUUGGAACCCGAAUCUUCUUCCCAACACUGCCGCCAGCGGAGUGGAAGCCUUGAGUCUCAGUCCCACCUGCUGUCUGAGAUGGACAACGAUAAGCCAUUUUUCUCCCUCUCCAAAUCCCAAAGAAGCAGUAGUACGGAAAUCCUGGAUGACGGGUCUUCCUACACCAGCCAAUCAAGCACAGAGUAUUACUGCGUGACGCCUGUUGCUGGCCCCUAUUACACUACUCAGACUCUGGACACUCGUGCCAGGGGCCGGAGAAGGUCUAAGAAACAGAAUGUUUCGACUUCAAAUUCAGGAAGCAUGCCCAACCUAGCACAAAAGGAUAGUUUGAGGAAUGGCGUCUACACAAAGAGUCAGGAACAACCUUCUUCUAGUUACUAUAUUGCCGGGUACCCACCAUAUGCAGAGUGUGACCUUUAUUACAGUGGCGGCUAUGUCUAUGAGAAUGACACUGAGGGACAGUACAGUGUCAAUCCUUCCUACCGGUCCUCGGUCCACUAUGGAUACGAGCGCCAAACGGACUAUAGCAGGUCCUUUCAUGAAGACGAGGUCGACCGGGUACCCCAUAACCCAUAUGCAACUCUCCGGCUGCCCAGGAAGCCUGCAGCUAAGUCAGAGCACAUCACCAAAAACAUCCACAAGGCCUUAGUUGCCGAGCACCUGCGUGGCUGGUACCAGCGGGCCUCUGGACAGAAGGAUCAGGGGCACAGCCCCCAGACUAGCUUUGACUCGGACAGGGGAUCGCAGAGAUGCCUGGGGUUUGCUGGCCUGCAAGUACCCUGCUCUCCCAGCAGUCGGACAUCUUCCUACUCUUCAGUAUCUUCUACAAAUGCUUCUGGGAACUGGAGGACCCAGAUAGCUGUAGGGCUAUCUGAAUACGAGACCCCGGCACAUUCUUCCUACACCAGCUGCUAUGGCAACAUCUAUAAUCCUUUGCCCUCUCCAGGCAGGCAAAAGCGAGGGCUUCUGUCCCGGAGAAUGGUUGUGUCUCCAGAAAUGAGAUCAGUUUUAAAUUCUCUUUUGCUAAGUGUAGCCAGCAGUAACAGUACACAGAGAUCAGUCAACUGGACAGUACAGAUGGAAACCGGUUGGAAGAAAGCCUGAAGAGUAGAGAGCAGAGGCUCUUUUGGCAUGAAGAUUCAAAGCCUGGAACAUUAGUCUGAACUGCACUUGGACCUCUUGACCAAGCACCGCGUUCUCACACUAGUGUGCCUUGCAAAAUGUGUUCGUCUUCCCAGAAAGCUAUUUGGCUUUAGAAAGCUAAAGGCAUCAAAGGUUGAAGAGAGGACUCUUGCUGCCCUGGAAGUGAAUCACACUCUAAGGCCACGGAAAAGCCCCUGAACCACAUGCCUUUCCAGCUCCGGGCACUAACCUAACAGCAAGGUGGAACCAUUGCCAAGGACAGACUCAGCCUUUAUCAGUAGCAAGCACUUGUUAAGGGAAUAAAAGUUGUUGAAGGCAAACCGUAAAACUGUGAAAAGUGUGUUCAGGGUCUCCAAUAGGAAGGAAGGUUGGGAAAUUUCAGAGCACAGUUCAGCAUGAUGAGAAGAAGAACAACGAGGAGCUCCUCAGUCAUUGCUCACCAUCGGAAAGUUUGGAGUUGUGAGCCGGCGAAGGAUGACAUGCUAUUGCUACAUGGACGUCAACAAUUGAGACAGUAUUGGAAAAUUACUUGAAGAGAAGCUGGAUUUUCAUGAAGUUCUGAAUGAGUGUAAAUGUUUUUAGGAUAUUAUAAAGAGUGAUGGUUUUCAUAAGCACCAUAAAAUGGGUUCCGGAAAGACUUACUGCCGGAGCAUCCUGUAAUAUAACUUUAUGGUAGCAGAUUGGGGGAAACACAGCAGCCCACUGAAUAAUUGACAAACUCUGCUUGGAGAAUUUUCUAAGGUCCAAUAUUAUUGGGCUUCUUUUUUCUUUCUACACCAGUGGCCUGAUGGGUUAUUAUUCAGGCUGGUAACUCUCCAAUUUGGUUGUCAUUUGAAAUGGCAGACCUGACAUGGAGAGUUUUUAUAAUCAAGAGUUUGAAAAACUAUUUUAAGGUAAUACACACAGAACCCAAAACAAAACAAAAGCCACAUCAUUUUAGAUGAAUUGCGUGCCUUAAAAUGGUGAACAUUAGGAAAGUAAGCAUAUUGUCCAGAUCCCACAGAGGGUUCUAAGUCACCAAGUGACAAAAACAAGAUUAGUCGUUAAAAAGGAAAAAACAAAAGCAAAACAAAACAAAAAACAACAAAAAACAAAAAAACAAAAAAACUCCAAGCUGCAGAUUUAAUUAUGAGGCUAAAACUACCUCAUACUUCACUUGGAAGAACUAAUUAGCUAUGGUUUAUGGUAGGGUUUUUAAAAAAAAAAAUUCCAUAUUCUAGAUUGAUCUUUUUUGUCAUCUUCACUCUGCUUCAAUAUUCCAUAAAAGGUGCUCCCUACCCCCCUUUUAUACAGGUUUCAUGUUCCUAUUGUGAAGAGAGAAGUUUCUGAACAACUUUUUUGGAACAUUUUCUAUCUAUAUUCCAAAGCAUGUAAUAUAUACAUAAAGAUGAUUUGUUAAACUGGUCCUUAGUCAUUUGUAUCAUUAAAAAUGAAGUUUGGGGAACGAAUUUGGAGCAAAACAGAAGACAUGCAGAAAAAUAAUAACUUAUUCCUUUUUGCAUAUUUGUAUAGCCUUCUAGAAACAGAAAUACUUUUGCAUAUUCUUUUACUGUUCUGACUUUUUAAGACCUAUUAUUUUUUUACAUAGGUCAAUAAACUGAAGGUGUGCUACUGAAAAUGUUUACGUAUUCUUCCAUUAUAUUCAGGGUUCAUCCAAAGCAGUUUGAAGUGUUCUACUUCAUGUAAUCCUCUUGGACAAGAUUGCAGAUUUUUAGUUGUAGUAUUACCAUAUUUUACUGACGCCAAGGUGCCCAUCUUUUCACAUUUACAUCCUUGAAAUCAGGAUGCAUCUUUUGACUGAUGGCAUGCUCUAAAGGAAUUGGCAGUGUUUUUUUCUUUCUUAGCGCUACAUAAAAUGAUGCUGUGUCUCACAAUAAAGUUGUCUUAGAACUGA